AUGUGGGCCUGCUCGUUGCAGGAGGUGCAGCAAGCGUUGGACGCCUUCCCCGCCACGACGGAAGCGAUUGCACAUACUGUUCUCGUUUGCGAGCGCUGUUCGAGUGCCAUUUUCCCUCGAGAUCGCGACGUCCUGACUCUUCGCACGGAACUUGAUCCAUUGGCCGCAGCAGCUACUGGCAUGCCGCUGAGUGCGGCAAACUUCCAGCUCAGUAUGCCACACGUGGACGGCUGUUGUCGAAGACAGAUGCCGUUGCAACCAGUGGCUGUGCAGCUGCCAAAGAGUGAGCUCAAGUUUGCAGUUGAGAGGAUGGAAGGGUGUCCGGUAGCACCGAAACUCUCGAGCAGUCCACGAUAUCGACCGAGACGGGUGGAGAUUGUUACACAACAGAACCAUCUACAUCAGGUUUCUAUUCGGUUGCUGUCGACUGUGAUUGGUACUUUUGAUCCAGAUUCAGCUGCUUCCGCGAGGUCUCUCCGGCAGGUUGUCGCAAUGUUUGGGAAGAUGGAACCGCUUGCUUUAUAUUCAGAAUGGUCGCCACCUCGUCAGCUUUCAGAGGAGAAACUGCUUCCGAAGAAAGUUACUUCGAGCUCCGAGUUUGACGAACUGCACGCAGCCUCUAACGUACUGGAAAGUGGCUCGGGCUUCUGGAGAUCAAGUAGCAAGACUGAUGAAAAUGGUUUACGAUUAGGCGAAUGGAUUGUGUGUCAAUUUAGCUCUAUGGUCACCCUUUCAUCGGUUGAGCUGAAGUGGCGUGCGGGCUUUCUACCCGAAUACUUUUCGCUUAGUGUUUCGAAAGAUGGUGUGACGUACGACACUGUGGUAGUUGUGGUAGUAAGCAAACAUGAAAGCCGAAUACUGGUACCAAAGGGAACGCUGGUGACCUCAAUCAAAGUAACGAUGUUCUCUCCCGACAAAGGCGGCAAAUCGUUUGGACUUGAGUCGAUCAAUUGCAAGGAGGCAUCAUUCGACUCAGUGUACACCCCUACUAGCGUGGUGCUGCGGGAUAUUCAGCGAUGGCUGUAUGAGGCAGCUGCGUCUUCUUCUUUUGAAGUCAGGGAUCUUGCUGUGCGAGCUUUGCAGAGUAUUUUGCUUGCAUCGGGUUCUCUAUGCGGGCUUUUGCAGCUAGCUACAUGCCUCUUGCUCAAUACGCGAGUAGAACCCACCACCGCGACCACAAGUAUCGACAGGCAGAAGUGGGAUCAUCUAGAUAUACUUUCUGAAGACGGGCAAUCUUCUGCGCAGUUGUUCGUGCAGAAAUUGGCAGCCUCCAUUCAGCGUAUGGUCGUUGUAGGUCAUCCGCAAGUUGGAAGUCUCGACAGGUGCUACGUCGAGCAGUUGUCCUCGCUGCGAAGAGAAAUGUGUGGUGCGGAAAGCAAUACGUUGAACGAGGAUGCUCGCUAUGACAAUUGCCCGCCGGCUUCUUUGGUCACGUUACUAGUCAAGCAGCAAUUCCGCUUGAAAUCGAUUGAGCGCAGAUCACAGCUGGGAAUGAUUGUUUUACACAUGCUAGGUGAGCUAUCCGCUUGGCAAAUGAAGCGAAUGCAGAAGGCCGAAGAACCCACUGGUAAAUGGGAGCUCGAUCCCAUGCAGCUAGAAGAGCCAUAUUCGGUGGAAGUCUGUCCCGAGUUAUUUGCUCUUUCACAUCGACUGUUGACGAGUGUAUUGGGCCGCUGGCUUUCAGUUCCGCAGCAUAAGCAAGUUUGCGCUUAUUCUAAAAAGUGGGCGGAAAACGAUGAGGGUGCACUAACCGGGAAAAAUGACGAGGACUGCAGCUCGCAAGAUCUGUACGAUGCAUUAGUGUCGUCCUUUGGCCAUUUCCGAGCAGCUCUCGAGAAGCAAGAUGAUCAAAGCGGUAUCGACUCGUCUCGAGGAGAAGUGAACGAGGAUUGUUCGGGCCACUCUACGUAUUCACCUGGCGGACUGUGCGUUGCUGUGCUUGAGAUUAUCACAACAAACCUCCGGCGCUUGGUCGUUUCCAGAAUUGACCCGAUCGAAAUUGGGAUAACGCCAUCUCUGCUGCAGAGCGAGGACGAUUUGUCGUCCGCACCUCCAGCAUUGAACCCAACCAUGACGUUGCUAGAGCAGCUGAUCUCGCUUGGAACGAAGCGUAGCGACGCAUUCUUUCCAGUGUCGUUAAAAGCUGCGGUUGCCAUGGAAGUUGGGACCGACGCGUUUCACCCAUCAGCUCACCAGCGGACGAAAGUGCUUGCAUUGUGUAUGGGCAAGGGUGCGACGCUCGAAGUGCAAGUACGCUGGCCCGUUCGGGAACGCGAGCAAGAAGACCCGCGCUACGAGAGACUGAUGUUGAUGCUCCAACUUGAAUGCAUGAAGCUGGGGUUUCGACACGCGAUUCGGGGAAGAUGGCAGUUCUUUAUGCACUUGGUGAUUGACGUGCCUUCAGUCCAAGACACGGACAAAGUGCUGACGCAAUACUUUGCUCCGUGCAUUCAACGUGCGGGAUUUUCAUCGUGGCAGGUAGCCGCAGGCGCACAAGAGCUUCCGAUCAAUCUGCAACGACAUCUUCACUGGAACCGCUUCGACAAGAUGUCUCAGGACUCAGGAGCAGGCUGGAUCCGUGUGUAUCCUGCAGGCGUUGCCGCGUACGUCGAAGUGCUCGCCGUCGUUGAUGAAUUUCUUGCAAAACAUGCCGAGCAGACGAUGGAAUGA